AUGAAGCUUCUGCUACAGAAAGCUCCUGUUCUACGUGAGAUGACCUCGCUGUUCGGUGAGACUCCUGCACAUAUCGCAAUUGCCAUGGGAGAGCAUCAAAUCGUCGAACUUUUACUCUGUGGGCAGCUGAAGGAAACACUAAAGGCCGCCUUAACAAGUGUCGCUGAGGAAUGUUUUAGAGACAUCAACGGCACGUCUAUUUUGACGGCAAGUGUAAUUCAUGGGAACAAUGUGAUGGCACUGUGGCUUCUUCGGACAUUCGGAAAAAAGUUAGCGAUGCUACCGAACAAUUUUCAAAUGAUUCCAUUGCACGUGGCAGCUGCACAAGGGAACAUAGAGUUCGUCAAACUUGCAGCAAAGUGGUUUCCGAAGUCAGUGGAUGCACGGGACGCUUUUGGUUGCACUCCAUCGGUAUACGCUGUACAAGGUGGAUGCUUGAGCACUCUUGAAUUUCUUGUGGAAAAAGCACAUGCUGCAAUUGGAUGUGUGAAUCGAAGAGGUCAGUCGUUGCUCCACAUCGCAUCGUUGUGUGGUUAUGACAAGAUCGUUCGUUGGAUUCUGAAUCGUGUGGACUCCUACAUGAUUCUCCGGAGAACAGUCGACAAUGCGAAUGCAAUACACUGUGCAGCAUUUCGUGGCAGCGUUCCGAUUUUGCGUCUUCUCCUAUUACCAUGGUCCCGUAAGAAGAGGCAAUCUGUGUUGAGAUUGCGCGACGGAAGAGGAAAUACCGCUCUUCACCUUGCCGCUACUAACGGACAUUUCGAUGCUGUUAGCUACUUGGUAGAGAAGAUUGAUUAUUGGAAUGAAGGCGCCGAGGUGAUUCGUAGACGAAUGAGGUUUAUUGAGGAUGAUCAGAACUCACUUAGGGAUAGCUCGGUUCAAACCGAGGAGGACGACCUUAUUGACCACGUAAAGACAUUUUUUGCUGUGCUUAAGAUUCUCAGCGACGAAGUGUGGACCGGAAUGGGUCUGUCGGCUGUUGAGCACAUCGACCGCGUAUUAGAUGAAGUUGAACAUCUUGAAGGAUGA